UUUCUUUUCUUUUCUUUUUCUUUUUCUUUUUUGUCUCGUCUUUUAAAUUUAUGUUCAUUAAUGUACCCGAGCGUUUCAACAGUUCAGAAGUGAGCGCAUUUCCUGGGGCAGAGGAGAAAGUACUGGUAAGUUUCCGGCAUGGGGCAGGGGUUGCUCCUUCUGGUUUCUCUUUCCUGGCGGACAAUAUUCCCUGGAGCGUACAGGUCGGCCCUGGUUCUCCACGCUUCUAUGGGAAUGCUGUGCUUCGUCCCAGGAAGCGUGAACAUGGUAAAUAUUUAGCUACUUGUGAUGUGAAAUUCCGUAGAAACAAAAACUAGUUUAUUCCUUGUCCACCACUGCGCCCCCAGCACCCAGCACAGGUUGACCUGCACUAUUCGCUGAAAAUUCACUCGCGGAACGAAUAAACGAAUGAACAACCGCGACAACGCAGGGAAAGAGCGGCAGGCGUCUCACGCCAGCAGCGGACCGGGGCGCCUCUUUGCUCCGCGCCCUGGGAGCGGCGGAUGCAGCGCGUCGUGGACGCUCAUCCCGUUGCCAGGCGACAACGUAAGUCAGGAAUUCGCGACUGCGCGCGCGCACGGGAGCUCCGAGGAGACGCUACUCGCGCCUCCCGAGCCGCGCCAGGUGUGCGCACGCGCGUGCGCGCCCGCCGCGGCCCCGGCCUCCGGUGGCGGCGGAGGGACCCACAGGCGCUGGCGGCCGGGUACCGCGUCAACGAUUCGGGUGCCUCGCGUCCGGGAGAUCCGGGAUUCAGAGCCCAGCUCCUCCGAGAACAGUGCCACUGUUAGCAAGAGUCUCAGCUUGGAUCUCAGAGAGGUGGAAGGAAACUCACCUCCCCACUAAAACACAGUGUGCAUAGGAGGAGCGUGGUGACUCCUGUCCUCUCCGGAUCAUGCUUGUGACGCGCGCAGAAAACAGAAUCUCCAUCCCAGCCACCCUUUGUUAGAUGCCUGUGCAUAAAGGACACCGCGAGAAAGAAAGGAAAGAGACUUCUAUGUGUCCAGGAGCCGGUCCCCAUUCUGAUUCACAGCCUUGGAACUUAGGGGAGGCGAGGAGGGGGCCAGAAAAAUGGGAAAGGCUGGAUACAGAAGCCUGGCUGUUGUUCAUAUUCCCGCGGCACAACCUUCCUGUUAAUACAAUUAAGCCUCAUUAAGACUGAGAACAUUUCUGAGCCACACACUUGUAAUUGUGGAGGGAGACGCACAGCUAUACUUCAGGGACCGAGAUUCCGCCGAGGGUUUUCUCCGCCCGAGCGGGCUGACAACUUUGGAAAUUGAGGUCUCUGUCAGGGUGUAUGUUUGCCAAGAGCUCCUCAAACCCAGAGGGUACAAAUAUGGCUUCGCGGGUUCACCUGCCAGAAGGACCGACCUAGAACUUGACCGCACAGCAGGUGCCGGGUGAGCACAGCUGACCGGUUCCUCCAGUUCGCCCUGCGCCCUACAGAGUCCGCCUCGGAGGCAGGGACGUCGCUUCUCUCUGCGACCAAGUGAGGGAGCUCCCGAGAGGGCUCCGGGAGCCUGACCGCCCUGACCCGUCGGACCUUUCCCAGGUACGUGCCAGGGCCAGAAAGCGGGUGGGGCCGCUUUCCGCAAAAGUGCCUCCAGACGCGUUUGGGUUCGGGCUCUGGUACCACAAGACACUCCGCGGUGGGCCCCCACAUCGGGCUCCCGCUCUCUUUUAGCCAGAAAGCAAGCAGGUGUGAGGGUAGUUCGGGUUUCCAGGAACAACUCUUUCUUCGGCCUCCACGCUCACCCGUGUUACGACUCUGUCGGCCCCAUCAGCGUUUACAACAUCUGUACCCGCGUCUGGUGCAUCUGUGUUCGGCGGCUGAGCUGGCCUUGUCUCAGCCAGCGUGCUGCUAAUCCCCAAGUGCAUGCGUUUCACUGCGAGCUUGUGUUCCCACCUGCACCCUGCGGCCUCCCCGUCUAUCAUACGUUCUACUGCAGGUGUAUGUCAGCUUCGCCCCUGGGCUUGCGGGGGGCACCUCUUAACAGCCACCAGGGUGGCCGUUGCAGUGGCUGUUGCCGAAAUCCCACUUCUUCAUUGCAGGGUUGCCGGGUCGGGAGGUGGGGGCCCGGGGCAAUCCCCUGCAAUUGGACCCUGGGGGUCUGUAGCCGAAAGCGCUGAUCUCAUCUGUUAGUUGAGAACACGAGCCGACAGGGAUGCGCCUCCUUGGCUCAGCGGGUAGGUGUUAGGUCCGGAAGGGGCUCUACGCACCCGUCUGAAGGGAAAAGGUGUCUGGGAAAAUCGUUUCCUUCGACAUUUCCCAAAACGAAUCUGGGAGGACACCGUCCCUCCCUCCUCUGCCAGGGUUCGGUCGGAAACGAAGAGGAGCGGCUGACUGGGUGACACAGACACCGGUCCCAACUCUGACUCAGAGUUUGAAAUUUGGGGAAGAUGAAAAGAAGGCUGCAAACUUGGGAGACUCUGGGUCGAGAGAAGCAAAACCAAACGGGAACCUAUUUGAUGAGGACACGGCGGGGCGCUGAGCUGUGCUGAGUGCAGUCACUGUAACAGAUUCCAGGGCUUUGACUAAACAGUGAAUCUGUUCUGACUCCAGAAGGUUGGCUCAGGUGCUGUUCCUGCCAUCAGGCGGGCCGUUCAUUUCACGAGGUGCGAGGCGGUUGGGAUCCUGUCACGCUUUCUCCGACAACGUGGCGCAGGCCUCGGUCUCCCCACGUGUCCGUGGGGGGGAGGACGCGGGGGCCCAAAGGCCACGACCAAGGUCCCCGGGUCGUGAGGCCUCCUGGUGCCAAACCCGGACACAAGCCUAAGUUCACGCAGCUCGUGCUGCCAGACGCCUUCCGGGCCACGGUCGUCCGAGCCCUUAAGGACUGGGAGCGUAGGGAGCGGGGUGAAGGCCUAUGGGCCGCCUUUCCAAGCACACAGGGCCCGUGCAAGCCCCGCGGUUCAGCCAGACCUCCUGGUUUAUGUUGUCUGGGGAAGCGGUCAGCAGUGUUCUAGCCACUUCUGGGCGAAAAGGGAGGUGGGAGAGGUUGGGGGCGAGAGCGUGCAUUUUCACCCAGGCGCCAAGGGGGCCGGCGGGCUGGGACUGACAGCCGGCGCCUCAGUUCCCUUGUCAACCAGGGCGGGAGGACAGCCGUGGGACAGCUGACCGCCCGAUUCCCUGCAAACACGGAUUCCCCCAGGGCUCUUGAGCGAGUGUGACCGGCGCCAUCACCCUUCGUGGCUGUGCUUCCUCUUUUCCUACCCAAGCGGCCCCAGCCCACUUGGCUACCCUGCCCCCCCCGGGGGGUCCCUACUUCCUAACCGCCCCUGUCUCAGGACAGCACCCAGUUCCUCGUUAGCUGGCUUCUCCUAUCCGCCCCCUCCGGGGCGCCGGUAACACGCCCUGAAGGGACCCAGGCCUCCCCUGGGGUCUCCUCGUGUCCUCAGCGGGACUCAGACCUCCUGUGCAGACCCCUGCCCCCCUGCCGGGCAGCAUUCCAAGGUCCCCCCACCCCCCCACCCCCGGGCCCUGCCCAGACUGCAUCAGGUCCCAUCAGAGCUUGUCCAGCCCACGGACCGUGUCUGCACGUCUCUGGCUGAUCCGGCUUUAAAAGUUGGGGUCCCAUCUCCAAAGGCUACGCCGUCUGAUUUGGUGUUGCAACUAGGAAAACCCGGUGAAAACUUGCAAGCAGUGAAGUCACAGACUCAGUCUGGGCUUUCAAAGACAACUCUGGAAGUAUUCAGGGCUGUGUAUCAGAGGUAUAAAGAUUGGAAUCGGGAGGCACACCAGGAAAUUGUUAUCCUCGUCAGAAUGAGAUUCGUCAUGCCUGCUGAACCUCAGGGGUUCAGAUGAGACAGGCUGAAUGUGGGAGCUAGAAAAGACACUGAUGCAACGGGAGGUUUUCAGGCUCUCGUGUGGGGACGUGGGGCGGUGAGCCAGACCCACAUUUCCUGGGGGUGGCUGAUGGUGAUGUCACGCGAAGAACUGGAAAGCACAGGGGGACGUCCGGUUGGGGGAAAUUUUAGUUCCGUUCAGCACACGCUGGGAUCGAACGUAUCGGGGACACAUAAACUCUGGAGCACGUAGUUUGUCUUCGCCGGUGUGGAGCCAGACAACAAAAUCCGGAUUGCCACUUCAGAUUCUGUAUUCUGAUUCUCAGGAUCGCAUCCGAAGCCACAUAGAAUGACCCGCCGAGAGCGCUCAUGGGGAAAGGAAGAGAGUUCUUUGGACAGAAAUCUGCUCUGUCACAUACACCGUGACUGUCCUCUGUGCGCCGGAGGAGCCCUUUGAUGUGCAUUUUUCUUCGCAGAUCCACCUGGGCCCACAGCCUUCUUCGAAAGGCUCUUGCUGGAUUCAAAUUUCUCUGCCCUUGAAGCAAAAACAUGGUUUUGAACACUAUCCGGGCAACCAUUUUUCUCUUUCUCACCGGACCCGGCAUCGUGGGGAACAUCUCUGUGUUUGUCAAGUAUACGUGCGCUUUCUUUUCGGGCACUGCGACGAAAUCUGUACACCUUCUUAGCACCCACUUGGUUUUUACAAAUACCGUGAUACUUUUGUCCAAGGUAACGCUGAAAACAAUAGCGAUGUUUGGUGUGAGAAACGUCCUGGGCGACACGGGCUGUAAAGCGUUUGUGUUUCUGGAGAGGGUGGCCCGGGGCCUUUCGAUCUCCACCAGCAGCUUCCUCGCCGUGGUCCAGGCCACCACCAUCAGCCCCAGAGCCCCCGUGCCCGCCGGCUUCAAGCCAGCAUCCGCAAGGCACAUCCUUCCCUUCUGCCUCUUCUUCUGGGUCCUCAACUCCUUGGUCAGCAUGAACUUACUCUACUACGUCAGAAACACGAGCAGCCUAAACAGGUCACAAGCUAGCCACGGAAAUAGCUGCUCUUACGUGCUCCCAAGAAGCCAGAUCAUGAAGUGGACGUUUCCCAUCCUCAUGGCCCUGCGGGAUUUCUUGUUUCUGAGUCUCAUGGGCUGGGCCAGCGCCUAUCUGGUGCUUCUUCUCCACAAGCACCACAGGCGCGUCCUCUACCUUCAGAAAUCCAAGAUCCUCCGCCAGACCCACCCCCUCCCCCCCGAGAGAAGAGCCGCUCACAGUGUUCUCCUUCUGAUGCUUUGUUUUCUUUUAUUUUAUUGGACAGAUUGUAUUCUUUCCCUGGGCUUAAAUUUCUCCUUAGAGAAUGCUUCUUUCGUAUUAAAUAUUCAAGAAUUUCUAACUCUUGGGUAUGCAAUUCUCAGCCCGUUUGUGCUGAUUCACAGAGACGGACGUCUGGUGGACGUUGGCACUCUAAAUAAAGCUGGAACAACUCUGUUUUUUCACUGAUGCCUUCAGUAGGGUCAUUUGAAAUAACCAUUAGUCUUCCUGUGCUGUGUUUAAAAAUAAAACGGAACAUCGCUUCUGGGCCUUUUGGCUAAGAUCAAGCGUAAAAAUACAACGGACGUGGGGAACUUGAACAUAUAACAAAUAUAUUAAAGACAUAAGGGAAGUUGUUCUCAUACAAGAAACCGGAACCUUUGGUCCUGAGCUGACACAGGAGCCCGUACAACAGGGACUGAAUCUUUUUCUCAUUUUCCAUCUUGUCACCCUCAAGAAGUCACUUAAAGUCUUAUGUUGGUAGGGCACCUGCGUGGCUCAGUAAGUUAAGCGUCUGACUAUUCGGCUCGGGUCAUGAUCUAGCGGGUCAUGGGUUCGAGCCCCACGUUGGGCUCUGUGCUGUCAGCACGGAGCCUGUUUCGGGUUCUCUCUCUCUCUCUCUCUCUCUCUCUCUCCCUCCCCUGCUCUCUUUCUGUCUCAAAAUGGAUAAAUAAACAUUACCAAAAAAUUCUCAUGUUUGUUAGAUGGCUCUUUCACCACGAACACUCCAGGAGUAAGAAAUGAGCAAAGAAAGCAAUUUGGCAAAUUUAAUCAUAAUUACCAGGUAAUGUACCCUUUGUCCCAAUAAUUUCUCUUUAGAAUCUGAUCCUGUAAAUAUAAUUGUCUGCGUGAGGAUUACACUAAGAAAAAUAGACAUCCCAGAGCUGUUUUUAAAAAAACAACUUAAAUAUGCAACCAAAGAUUCUAUGUUUCUAGUCAGUUGAAAGCAUUCAUACAUCCAUAAAUAUCCAUCCUUCCAAAGGGAUGGAAUUUUAUGAAAUUCAUGAAAAAUGAAUUUUUGAAAUGAAAUUCAUGAAAAAUGAGCAAGUGCUAAAUGUGCUGAUAGAGUUUGACAUCUAUGGUAGAUUUUAAUCAAUAAAAGAAAAGCAAUUUCAGGGCAAUAGCAUUCACAUGGGAGUAAAAUGUAUUUAAUUUGGUGUUACACACACGAAGUAUCUCUGCAAGAAUGAAAAGUAACCUAGAAGAGUGGUUACCUGUUUUGAGAGAAAGCAGGUAAGUGGAGGCAUAGUAUGAAGAGUUUCAUUUUAUAUGUUUCUGUGCUCUCUGAUUUGCUACUCGUGGGAAUGUAUCUUUGUACAGGAAUAAAGAAACUAAGUUUGAAAACAAUUUGCGGUUUUAUUCCUAGACAUCAUUUGUUAGAGUCCUGGUGCCCUCACGACGCAAUCCGUCUCUUUAUUACCAAAGGGCACAAAGUAAUCUGGCU